AUAAAGGUUAUUUAGACAUGGUCUUCUAAAGCGCCAUCUAUAUUGCUAGGAAACUAAAUGUUUCUCCAGUUUUGUUUUAUAUCUUUAGUGGGUGGGUGUAGUUGUACCAGUUUUAUGGAUUACCAAUAAUUUUUUUAAAGUACCAUAAUCAACAUUGACAACCUCGAUAGAUAAAAAAAAUGGUGUGAUAAUACAAGAGACGAUUUUUUUCGAAAGUAUUGUAAUUUGUAGUGAAAAGAGGGGCCGCUCUCCAUUUCGGAGGGCAUGGGCAUGCAAUCGACCGAAGACUCGUACCGCUAUCCCGAGAUAGCACGCUAUUUACACGCUUUGCCCCACGUUAACGUCAGUUUUCAAUAUGUCAAUAGCUCGUUCGAGCCUAACAAUCCCGUUUAUCUUGAGAGUUUGGGUAUUCUCGGUUCGAUUCCGGCUAUAUGGCUGAUACUAACGCUAUUUGUUUUGCUCAUUUACUUGUUGACGAGAUGUUGUGAUCGAAAACCGAGAGCUUCGAAGUCGAUAGCUGCGCUCAAAGUCACUUUAGCCGUCGUAUCGGUACUUUGUUGUGCCGGCAUUGGUAUAGGACUUUAUGGUAAUGACGAUUUGCACAAUGGGAUAGUUCAAACUCUCAAUGAGGGAAAACAAGUGGAUAUUUUAAUAUCUACUAUACGUAAUCAGACUGAGGUUAUUGAAAGUCUGCUGAGGAUACAAGCUGAUAGACAAAUAAAAGAAAUAUCGAAUGUAUACCAAGGGCAUCACAAGGAUAAAAAUUUGUUCGACGAAGUCGACGGUUAUUUCAAGAAAGUUAUUAGUAAUCGUAAUGCAACAGCUAAUGCAGCAAGAGAUAUCCGUUCUCCUUUAGUAGGAGUAAACCUAUCGUCGACGAUAUCAAUUGGAGAAAAAUCAGAAUCGAUCCGAUGGUUGUUGACGAUGGGAAUAUUGAGCGUUUUGCUCAUUCUGUGCGUGAUUCUCCUAGUUGGUGUGGCCAGACAUAACCGUUGUGCUCUUAUAGCAUUUUCGGUGUGUGGUCUACUAGCGGUAAUCGCUUCCUACAUAAUGGCCAGCGUUUAUUUAGCUUCCAGUGUGGCGUUAAGUGAUCUUUGCAUGGCUCCGGAUAAGUUUAUCGAGGAUCAAGCCAGUACGGAACUAUCUAAAGAGAUUCUCCGUCAUUACACCAACUGUGAAAGAGCUAGAGCGAAUCCUUUCACCCAAAGAUUACGUGAAGCAAAAACGACCGUUGAAAAUAUGCGUUCGAAUCUUACGGCGAUGAUAAAACCCGCGGAAAAAUUGUUUCCGGAUAAAAAGUUGGAUAUAAAAUUCAGUGCUCUAAGGAAUGAUAUUAAUUCGGUGGAUAAUAACAUACAUUCUUUGACAGCUUUGGUGGACUGUAGCACUUUGUAUUUGCACUAUUUGGGAGGAGUGAGGGCUCUUUGUUAUGUUGGACUGCUCGGUUUGACUUUGAUGCUGAUAUCUUCAGCUGUAGCCGGUUUUCUUUUGACUGUAUUGGUUUGGGUCGAUUCUCAUACUUGGAUCUAUAUAAGAAAGAAGAAAGACUACCAACAAGUGACGGAACACGAUUCUUACCUUCCGCCACCUCAGGCCAGUCAAGCGAUAGCGGCACGCACAUUACAACGCAGCCAAGGGUCGUCAUAUCCACCUGAUACUCCUCCACCUAGUUAUACAUCCGCUUUGCUGCUGCAUAACAGAUCAUUGCAUGUGAAUGCAACAGCACCCCCGCAAGAGCAUGAAGCCGAUUUUCUAUUAGAUGGAUGCGAUAUGCGUCCCUCGGAACACCACAGGAACAGUGCCCAUAUGUCUCACCUUCGGGGACACACAUUGGGUAGAUUACCCUCCCACCAUCACGAACCGGUACUCCCUGGACCGAACAACGGAAAGUACGCGACUUUAAGCAAACAGUGCAAGACGUUAGAAAGUUCAGAUUUCUACUGAGACAGGUCUGCCUGCAAGGACUUCCCAAGCUUCAAAGGUUUUAAGUUAUCGAAUCAGCAACAACAGAACGUUUCCCAACAUCCAGACAACCAGCGAACGGCUAAUAUACAAAAAUACAGUUCGCUAGGUCGUCGACCUCUACCACAAACACCGGACGAGAAGGCCAGGAAACAACCGCCAGUACCGAGGGUACCACCCACGAUCUCGCAAAGCGUAGAAACACCCCUGAAUCCUGCGAACUUUAGGUCUCUACAGAGAGGCGCGUGGCAGGACACCCCUAGUUCCUUCCAGCCCAACGUGCAAUUUAGAUCGUUGCAAAGGACAACAGGCGCCCAAUUUAGACCGGCCAAAGUUCAGGAUCAAACACAGGGUGAGGUGUUGUACGCCAAUAGCGAAAGUGAACGUCAAUUGUAUGCUGUUACCGAAUUGUAAGUUUUUCGUUUCUUCUUGGGAAAUGCAGGCAGAGUGACAAUAGUUGUUUUUUAUUAUUAUUUCGAUAUUUGUUAUUUUUUUCGCUUCAUUCAUCGUCGUAUAUAUUUCGAAACAUUCAUUCCAUAUUUUGGGGUUAUUAUAAAUGGAAUUUCAUUUAUAAUUCUGAUUUCUUCCUGUAUAGUAAGCAGUUUGAUAAAAUAAUAUUUUUUGUUCUGCUCGAUUUCUAUCGACUAAACAAAAUUAAAAAAAAAAUCAAUUUAUUAGUUACAUCUUAUUAAUUAGACAAUAAUUUUUGUCACUUUUUGAGUAAAAGAAUUAUUUCAAUGUUUUUUUUAUUCUAUACUCAUAGUGAAACCGAUAAAUUUUAACAUACGAUGUAUUUUCUUGCCACUUACAACUUCACUAAACACUAAUUUAUAUUUUGAAUGCACUAUUCACUAUCCAAUUCUCUGUUCGUUAUUCAAGUUGUCUUAAUAACUACUGGGAGCUCUAGGGAGAGAAGAAGAAGCUCUCUGGGGUAAUUUUAUUCGAUUGGGAUAUUUUUGCAUGGGAUAUAUAUGAUUCUGUAAAGGAAAAAUUUUUCUUUUGAAGAACUGGGCUAUCUUAUGAUAGUAGAACAAAUUAUUUGAAUGUUUUUUUAUUCUAUACUCUUGGUCAAACCGAUAACUUUGAACAUACGGUGUAUUUUCUUGCCACUCACAACUUCACUAACACUAAUUUAUAUUUUAAAAGCACUAGUCACUAUACAACUCACUGUUCGUGAUUCGAGUUAUCCUAGUAACUACUGGGAACUCCUGGGGGGAGAAAAAGUUCGUUGUGGUGAUUUUGUUAAGGGAGAUUGGGAUAUUUUUAUAUAUGGUGAUUUUUAUAUAUUGGAAUAGUUUCAUUUAGUGCAUUGCUGUAUAAACUGUCUAGUCGUCGAGUAUUUAUAUGAUUCUGAUUUAUAUGAGUCUUUUGAUUCAUGUAAAAAACAUUUUAUGAUAUUCUAUUAGACAGGGGCGGAUUCAAAGUACGUUGUUUUAUAAAUAUAUAAAGGUAAUUUAUAUAUAGCGAAGUUAUUUAAAACAAUUAUGAGAAUUUUCAAAAAAAAUACCUUAUUUUUUUAUUUGUAGGACAAAUUUCAUUAUUUACAUAAAUGGAAUUUUAUUUAUUAUGCCCUGCAGAGAAAUUGAAAUGAAUGUUUUAUAUUUAAGACAAUUAUUUUUGAGAUAAAAUAGUAAUAAAAGUGUAUGAUAGAUUUUUAUUUGGAAAUAUGGUUCAAUAAAAUGAAAAUUCAAAUUAAAAUUCCAAAUACGAACCUGUAUUUUAAAUUUGAAGGUUUUAUAGGUGAAAAUGUUGAAUUUCCUUUAGAUAGAAAAUUAUUUCUUUUUUAAAAUUUAUAAAUUGUUGAAACAUUUCCUGAAAUUGAUUAGAAUAUUCAUUUUAAUGGACUAACUAUGUAUGAUAACUUUUUCUUAUACAGUGUGUUUGAUGGACUUAUGCAAACCUUUUAGAAAUUGAUAAAUGAUAUGAUUUUGACUCUAUGCAUAUAAUGUAUCAUAUUUUGUCAUUUUUUCCAAAACAUCUGCUUCAAUAUACUUUUCGUUAAAUUAUGGACUACGAAAGGCAAUUAUAACAACAAUUCAUUCUCCUAGGUGGAUCUGUUUCUAAUCCCACUCUUUCCAUAUGGAUAAACGAAAAUCUCAGGCCUAAUUAAUGUUAUCUUCUUCUUUAACUGACCUUAUGGUCCUUUUGGAAUCAGGGCCUUCUCAAAAAUCAUACAGAACAUACUGUUUAUGCUGCUACUACACCGACAAAUCAUCUUCAGAGAUUACCUUAUAUUUUAUUACUAUUUGUAUGUUGAAUUACGAAGUUUGAGAAGCCUGUUGGGCAAAAAUGACACAAUAUUUAAAAGAAAACUUAUAAUUCAGAAUAAUUCCUAUAAAUAGAUUGAAAUUUAUAUUUUUUAUCAAUUCUGGAAAGGUUUGCGUCGACUAAUCAAACCAACCGUUCGUAAAAGAUCAUUUUUUGUACAGAACCAGUGUAUAUUGCAAAAUAUUUUAAAUCUAUAGACUAAAUGUUAAAACUUUAUACGCUGAUUGUAGAAAUUAGUCAUUGUAACUCGAUGUAAUCUCAUUAAAAGGUAAAUAGAGCGAUCUAAAUCUAGUUAUUAAAAAAAAUAAUCCAAAAUAAUCGUGUAAUUGAACAAAGUUCAUUUUUUCCAAAAAAAAAAUAGGUACUAUUCUCAUCUCCCUGUAUAAAUCAAAACUUUUGCAUCUUGAUCGCUCUAAAAUAAUUUAAGUACAACACAAAAAGCAAAAUAAUUUCAAUAAUUAAGAAAUGUUAAGACUUAAUUUUUUAAGGUGCCUAGGCCUGUUUAUAAUUAUUGACAUAUAAGUAGAAUUUAAAAAAAAUUUCGAUUUUGAAAAAAAAUCUGAGAUAAGGACAGAUACAAAUUUUAUUGUAUUAAUUUUGUUUCAAAUAAUUUUUUGCGCUGCUUAUAUUCAAUGCUCAAUAAUAAUUUUAAUUAUUUCCAUAUACAGGAUAUUUUUUUUAUAUAAUAAAUACUAUUGAUACGGAAUAAAGGCCUCAAUUAUCUAUUAACAUGUAAUUAUUAGUAUUAUUAUGUUUCAAUCUCGGACCACCCUUGAACCAAUUUAUUUCCCAUCCUAAAAAUCAAUUUCGGUUGUAAAAACUAUUUCAGCACAAUUUGAUUGAUACAUAUUAAUACUUCAUGAAUAUCCUGUAUAUUUAUUUGGAAAUUAUAAAAAAAUCGUAACGUUACCAACUCAAAAGCAUUCCAUAUAAAAAUUAUAGACUGGUUCCUAUUUCGAAUAAGUUUAUUUACCGGUUUCAAAUGGAACAUAUACCGGUCGAGCAAUUUCUAUUAUUACCAAAAAUUACCACUUUUUAUAAAUAUACAUUUUAUACACUUUUUCUAAUUGUGAUUUUUUAUUAUCUUAGUUUUAAAAAAUUGUAAUUAACACUCUCUAAUUGACAAAUGAGAUUAACUGACAUUAGAUUUGAUCAAUACCCAUAUAAUCAUUGGAAUUGUCACUGUUUAUUGCUCAGAAUACGAAUAAUAUACUGAAUAUUAGCCUUUGAUUGAAUUUUUCAAUUGCUCUGUAUAUUUUUAUUCCGAAUUUAUAUCAAGUUUCGGCUAUCAAGUUCACUAACAUCAAUUUUGAUGAGUAUUGGUUUAUCGCGUAUAUUUUAAUAGGCCCUUAUAAUGAAUUAAAGCUGCUAUAUCAUGAAUGUCAGUGUAGGAACAUUUCAAAACAAAAUUUCGAAGAAAUCAAAUGAAAAAUGAUUAAUUUGUGAGUAUACUGAAAUUUUGGGUUACUUUGUUCGCUUUAUUCUAAAUUUGUCUGAAUUUAUAUGAAGUUUUGGUUAUCAAGUUCACUAACAUCUCUUUUGAUGAGUUCAUCCCGUAUAUUUUAACAGGCCCUUAUAAUGAAUUAAAGCUGCUAUAUCAUGAAUAUCAGUGUAGGGAAUGUUUCACAACAAAAUUUCAAAGAAAUCUAAUGAAAAAUGAUUAAUUUGUGAAUAUACUAAAAUUUUGGGUUACUCUGUAUGUUUUUAGUCAGAAAUUGCCUUUUCACAUAAAAUUCCAACUAUCAAUUUAACUAGUAUCGAUUUUCAUGAGUAUUCCAUACAUCCUGUAUAUGGGACAACCAGUCCCUAUGAAGAUUUUUUUUGACUUAUACAGGUUUUCUUAUACUUUCCAUUCAAUAUAGAUUUCGAUGAUUGUUACCUCACCCUGUAAGCUUUAUUAACUUCUGCUGGAUUAACAUAAUCACUGGGUAUGUUUUAACUGUUUUAAAAUUUGAAAAAAAAAAUCGUUUACAUCCAAAACUUCGUCUUUCAACUGCCUUUUUGACUUCUUUUUUGAUAAUUGUGGAGGUAGAUAUAAACAGAAAACAUAUUCUAGACAUAAUUUCAUUGCCGUGUAACAAAAACAAAGUUUAUUGUGGAAAAUGUACGUAAAAAAGAUUUUUCACACAAAAAUUUCAAGGAAAUGAAGAAAGGAACAUGUGAGGCAAUGUAAGGAUUUAUUUGCGGUAAAAUCAUGCAUUUUAGCCACAUCUAUGUUUCUAAAGGAUUAAUUAGUUUUAAAUUCAAUGAACUAAUGGAAAAUAAUCAUAUUUAACUUACAUUUUUCACAAUAUUGGUACUUUUUCGUUUUGAUGGAUACACAGGUUUUUUGAACUACUAGUUUUUUUAUAAGUGAAAAAAAAACGUUAUCACAAAAAUGGGAAAAAAGAUAUCACAAAAAGUAAUAAUAAAAAUACAGCAAUACAUAGAAAAUAAUGACAAUAAAAUUAUUGACAUAAUCUAAAUAAACGACUUGAAUGGCCUUUGAUAUAUUAGCAAACCAGUAAACAAAAGAAGAGUUCCAGUGGCGUACCAUAGAUAUAAAAGAAAAUAUGAUAUCACAUCUAUGGGUCUUACAGAAUAUAAAAAUUAAUCUAAAUUAAAAUUUAUUUUUUUUAAUACUGCACGUAUAAAAAUAAUUUUUUCAUCAUAUUCAUUUCAUUCACAUCAAUAACAUCGUGACGUAAUACCAAUGGCACUAUUGACGUAUAACGAUUAUUGACAUUAAUAUGGAUUCAAAUUGUUAUUAACAAUUUUAUGGUAUAUCUGAUCAAUAAACAUAUAAAUUCCGGUAUUAUUUGGGUUCUUUCUAUUAUAUUUUAUAAUAUAUAAAUAGAGCAAGUUGUGAAUAUAUAUAAGUACUGAUAAUUUGCAAACGUUGCUCAAAGUUCUCAACUGUGGAUAUGCUGAACACUAAAUCUAUAUGUAAAUAAAUAAUAUUGUCGCACAAAACAUCCGUAAUUUCCAAUAAUUCAGAGAAUAAUUGAAAAAAUCGGUUUUGAAAACUAUAAAUAUGGGACAAAAAAAUUGAUAUAUAUUAGUGCGUACCUCCGUACAAGAUUCUCCAAUAUGGUUUCAUUACAGGUUGAACAAAAUGAAAACUUCAUUUCAAAUAUAUGAUGUUUCGAUUCCUUCUGUCAAAUUUUGACGUAUAAUAAAAUCAAAAUCCAAUCUCUUCUUUUUUUCUUCUUCUAAUUUUGACACACAAGUGAAUUGACGUUUCAUAUAGUCAAAAUGCCUAUGAAGCUCUUUUUACAUUUAGUACAUUGUUGAAGUACUAGACAAUAACGUAAAUUGACGUACAGGAGUAUAUUUGGCACUUUGAAUCGUAUGCGCAGAUACAGGACGUAACCUAGAACGUUUUAUUGAAAAUAACGAUCAGAGUUUUGUGUUUGCGCAUAGGUAAUCGAGUAGAUUGCAGAUAAAUGGAAGAUGUUUACUUCUAUUUUUGACAUUACAUAUAGUAAAAAUGCCCUUUAAGUUCUUUUUUUAUCAUCUCAAAUACUUUUUUACAUUGAACAAAAUCGCUUCAUCUCAUUCUAUAUUUCUGAUGAUGUUGGAGGACAUAAACUAAUAGUUAGGAGUAUGUUUGUUACUUUGAAUCAUAUACGCAUGCCCAGAACGUUCUAUUGAUGCUCACAACUAUCAGUUCACGUGCGUUUGCGCGUAGCUAAUAGAGUGAGAAGGAAAUAUGCUUUCCUUACUAAUUUUUUCAUAUUCUCUAUAAACGUGCCAUGUUAUUUAUUUUUUUAAUGGAAGUUUUGUGCGACUAAUUGACCAAUAAUUUUUUUUUUAAUAUUUACAGAGUUUCUUUUAGACCAAGCGUAGCUUCGGUUGGGUUGAUAGAAUUAUUGUAGUAGAUUAAGUCAAUCUAAUUAUCAAUUUUUAAAAAAAUAAAUUGUACUAUGAACAAUAUUUACGUUAGGGUUAAUUGAUUUGGGUUAGUUACCAACUUUUCGUAAAAGUUAUCGUACAAUUUAAUUUUUUAAUGAAAAAAAACCACGUCAUUCACAGUUGUAAAUUUUUUACCAUUCCUCUUGUCGCGUAGGAAUAAACUGCCAAAGAAUAUUUAAUUACUAAUUUGAUGUUAACAAUGAUAAUUAAUGUAAAAUAUAGGCCGGUAGGAUUUACGUAUCCAGGAGCUUUUUAAUUUUUUUUUGGAAAAUAUGCGUGUAAUUUUAUAUAUUAUAAUAGAUUUUACUAACACA